AUGCCCUACCUCAAACUCAAAGACGGCGCCGACCUCUUCUACAAAGACUGGGGCAACCCGACCGGCGAGAUCGUGACCUUCUCGCACGGCUGGCCGCUCAGCAGCGACAACUGGGAGAACCAGAUGGUCUUCCUCGCGGACCAGGGGUACCGGGUGAUCGCGCACGACCGGCGCGGGCACGGACGGUCGACGCAGACGUGGGCGGGCAACAACAUGGACACCACCUGGGACAUCCAGGGCGCGACGAUGGUGGGCCACUCGCACGGCGGCGGCGAGGUCACGCACUUCCUGGGCACGUACGGCACGCGGCGCGUCAAGAAGGCCGUGCUACUGGGCGCGGUGCCGCCGCUGAUGGUCAAGACGGAGGCCAACCCGGAGGGCACGGACAAGGCGGUGUUCGACUCGUUCCGCGCGGCCAUGCACGCCGACCGCGCGCAGUUCUUCCUCGACGUGCCGAGUGGCCCGUUCUUUGGGUUUAAUCGCCCCGGCGCGAAGAAGAGCGAGGGCCAGAUUCGGUCCUGGUGGCAGCAGGGCAUGAACUCCAGCUUCAAGACCACCUACGACUGUAUUAAGGAUUUCUCCGAGACGGACUUCACCGAGGAUCUGAAGAAGAUUGAUAUCCCCGUGCUGGUGGUGCAUGGCGACGACGAUCAGGUCGUGCCCAUCCAGGCGGCCGGCGAGAAGUCGGCCAAGCUGCUGCCGCAGGGGAAGCUCAAGGUGUACAAGGGCGGUUCGCAUGCGAUUCAUAAUAUCAGCAUUGACGAGUUCAAUAAGGAUCUGAUUGACUUUAUCAGGUCUUAG